CAGACUUCAUUUUCACUCCCCCUCCAGCGCCUUUAAAGCUGCGUUCCGCGAGUGCGGCUCGGAUUAAGGGACGGAAAAGCGGGGAAGACGCUCGGUUCGCCCCAUUAAGGGCCGCUUGCAGCGGCGUGUGGAGAGAUGCGCGUGACCGUUAUUUUUAAAUUUUUAAAUUUUGACCGUUGGCGUUACCGGUCGCCCAGACCUGUUGCUGAGGUAAAGUGAGCGCAACGCUGGACGGGCUUCAUUUUCCGUCGACUUGCUGACAGGAAAGUUGCUUAAACCCAGCUUGUGGGGGCUGUGCGAGUGUGUGUGUGUGAGCUGAGAGUGUGUGUGUGUGUGUGUGUGUGGUUUAAAGGACUUUAGCUGUCUCCGUUCUCGUCGAUAACGGACAACUCGCUCGGCUAAGUGAAGUUAGGCUAGCGAAGGUCUGUCGUUUUGCGUGCCAUGUAGCUUCACUACUGCUUUUUUUUUAAUGUAGCGGUCACCAAAAACAAAACAAAGCAAAAAAAAAAAAAAAAAAACAUGUCCACUCCACACGGAUUUUAAUUUAGGCGAACUUUGGCUAACUUCACGAAUGUUUCCCUCAGUCCCGGAGGGGACAGGUAACUGAACCUCCCGCAGUUUUGCCUCACAGAAUGGCUAAAACACAGCAGGACGUGUGUGGACUUGGGUCUGGAGAAAGACCAUGAGCCGCUAGAAGGUGCCGGUCAGCCAAACGUGAAGGUUAGCAGACACGCCGCGAUGCUGCUGGCUUGGGGCGCAUUAGUCCAAGCCUGCCUCGCCCUGCUGGUGGAGGCCAGCCAGCGGAGCCUGAGAGAGCCGGCCAGCUGCGACCUCAACAGGAAGCAAAAUGAGCUCAAUUCCUUUCUGUGGACAAUAAAGCGCGACCCGCCCUCGUACUUCUAUGGCACCAUCCAUGUCCCUUACACCCGGGUAUGGGACUACAUUCCAGAAAACUCCAAAAAAGCCUUCCAGGAAAGCAAUAUUGUCUACUUUGAGCUGGACCUUACAGACCCUUACACCAUUUCGGCUCUAACCAGCUGCCAGCUGCUUCCGCAAGGCGAAAACCUGCAGAACGUUUUGCCCAGGGACAUCUAUCGCCGCCUCAAAAGGCACCUUGAGUACGUCAAACUCAUGAUGCCCUCCUGGAUGACACCUGACCAAAGAGGCAAGGGCCUUUAUGCUGAUUACUUGUUUAAUGCCAUAGCAGGGAAUUGGGAACGGAAACGGCCAGUGUGGGUGAUGCUAAUGGUCAACUCGCUGACUGAGGCAGACAUUAAAACUCGGGGUGUGCCCGUACUGGACCUGUACUUAGCCCAGGAGGCCGAGAGGAUGAAAAAGAAAACAGGAGCUGUGGAGAAGGUGGAGGAACAAUGCCAUCCACUUAAUGGACUCAACUUUUCCCAGGUGAUAUUUGCCCUGAAUCAGACUCUGCUUCAGCAGGAGAGCCUUCGGGCAGGAAGUCUGCAGGUGCCCUACACCACCGAGGACCUCAUCAAGCACUACAACUGUGGGGACCUCAACUCCAUUAUUUUCAACCAUGACACUUCACAGGUUCCCAACUUUAACAACGCCACACUGCCUCCCAGCGAGCAAAUCACAGCUCAGGAGAUUGACAGUUACUUCCGGCAGGAACUCAUCUACAAGCGCAAUGAGAGAAUGGGCAAGAGGGUCAAAGCUCUGCUGGAGGAGCACCCUGACAAAAGCUUCUUCUUUGCUUUUGGAGCAGGUCACUUCCUGGGCAACAACACAGUGAUUGAUGUUCUAAGUCGCCAAGGCUAUGAGGUGGAGCACACACCAGCAGGCCAGCCCAUUAACAGCGGACGGCGAUCUCGUCCUCCCAAAGAGGACGACAUCUCAGACGUAGAGUCCCAAACCGAAGUCUUCCUGCACGAAGAUCGAGAGUGGCACCCCCUAGAGGAGGAGGAUCCUCUGCCCCACCUACUGCUUCCAGACAGCCUAGAGCUACUGGAGAAGGUGGAGCGGAAGCUGAAGAAGAAGCGGCGAAACAAGCAGAAGAAGCAGCGCCAUCGGCAGUUCAAUGACCUCUGGGUUCGCAUGGAGGAAAGCACAACAGUGGAAUCACCUCCCCCAGUUGUCCGAAUCAUCAAUGGCUACAUCACAGUCCAGGCCCAUCCACAGGACCAUGGAAGAUCUAAUCACGACAGGACAUUCUCAGGCUCCACCCCCUUGAGGGCAGGAGCCUAUGCCGGCAUGUUAAUACUGUGGGUUCAAAUGAUCAUGCAGUGGCUCCUUGACCUAUAAACCAGCUGCAUGACCUCAUUGACCUCGUGACCUCCUGAACUCCUAAAGAACUCAAAAAGUGCAGAGGUCAUUCCGAACGCUGACAGCCAAAGGCUAAUCUCCUGCCUAAGGGUGAAGAGCCAUGAAAAAGACUCCUUAAACCUGUUCUUCAUUUCCUGAAGGAUUGCUUUUACACUGCAUUACAGUGCAGCUUUUGUAAAUAUUAAAUGUAUCAUAGGUGUAAUUUAGAAACAUGAAUAAAAUGUUAUGUUUUUUUUUGUUCAUUUUUUAUAUAAACAGUAAAUAAGAUUCACUAUAUUUUUGUGACUAAAUCAAGAACUAACAAAUAGCUUUUUUUUUCUUUUUUUAAUUUCUCUUAUGGGGAUAAACAACGGUUUGUUUUGCUCAGUUAUCUACAUGCUCUAAUUUCUGAUUACAUAGAGGUUAUUCAUUUAAUUUAUUAAAUAUAUAGCUUUAGCUUGUUCUGAAUGUGUUUAUUUUGACAGCUCUUUAAGGUAUGUGAUUGUUUUGAUUCUUGCUUUCAAAAGUCUCCCUUAUCACUGUCAUCCAAUAGCACACAUUCCAGUAAUGUACGUGGCACCAAGUUAUCAUAUUUGUUUAUACUGUUGAAGACAAUAAACUAUUUAUCUAGUU